AUGCCGCCCACCGUCGUCCUCAUCCGGCACGCCCAGGCCCUGCACAACCAAACCAAUAACUCCAUCCCGGACCCCGUCCUCUCAGACCUCGGCAUCGAGCAAUGCGCGCAGCUCCGACAAAGCCUAAUCCAGCGCUUCUCCUCCUUCAAGGGCAGCAUCGCCAUCAUCUCAAGCCCCAUGAUACGCACUCUUCAGACGGCGAGUUUGGCGGCUGGCUGGCUGGUUGAGGAGCGAGGGGUCAAGAUUGAGGCCGACGCCGAUUGGCAGGAAAUCUCAGACAAGCCCUGCGACGUCGGCACCCCCAUCCCCAGCCUAGUCCUCAUAAGAGACAACCACACAGCCCACCAGUUCGGCUCCCCCAGCUAUGACUUCUCCGCCAUCCACCCCCUCUGGCCCGACAAGACGGCGUCCCCCAUCGCCAGGCACCUCUUCGGCUACACGCGCUCCGCCGUGCUGCGUCGCGGACGGCGGUGCCUCGAGAAGCUGCGCGAGAGGCCCGAGGACCUGGUGCUCGUCUUCACGCACUCUGCGUUUCUGCGCAACGGCGUCAGCGGGUGGUGGUACUUUAACGCCGACUACCGCAUCUUUACGUUUGGGGAGGGAGAGGAGCUGGUGAUGGACGAGACGACGAUGGAAGGCGGGAUGGGGUGGUCGUGGGCGGAGAGGAUUGAACUGGGGAGCGAGUUGCCUCCGGAUGAGGAGGAGGAGAGGGAGGCUGAGAAGAAGGUGGCUGCGUUGAGGGAGGCCGAGUUGAAGGGGAAGAAUUGA